AUGCCGGCGCAGGCUUUGGACAUGUCUCAGCAGCCGCUGCUGAAUGCCCAGGCCAUAUCGUUUGAGCCGCCUGCAGGCGGCGCUGCUAGCGGUAUCCCUGCCGGCGGCGGCGUGUAUUACCCCCCCCCGCCCCCUCAACAACAGCAACAGCAACAGCAACAACAGCAGAACGCGACGGGCAGAGGGGCGGGAGCUGGUCGGCAAAACUUCUAG